CUAAUCUAAUCUACACUGUUUUUCUUCCCCUCCCUGCUACCUAUCCUCGAGUCAGAUUUCAUCUCAAACUACGAACCACCAACAACCCGAUAUAUCACAGGAAGCAAGCAUGGCUCAGGAAAAGAAAGAAUUCAUCUGCAUUUGCCCGGAUAAGCCUGGUGUUGUGGAUAAGCGGAUUGAGGUUCGACCACUCCAUCUGGAGGGUAUGAAGCCGCUGGUUGAGACCGGGGAGGUGGUCCUUGGUGGAGCAAUGUUCGACCACCACCCCCAAGAAGGCGAAUCCGUCCCCGCCUUCUCAGGAAGCAUGUUGCUCGUGCGGGCCGAGAACACAGACGCUGUGAAGCAGAUCAUCAAGAAUGAUAUCUAUACGCGCAGUGGGGUAUGGGAUGAGGAGAGGGUGCAGAUUAUUCCGUUUAAAUCGGCUGUUAGGGUUGGGAUGUAAGGGUCUUUAUGGUCUUUGGGCACUGGGUUUGGUUGUGUGGGUAGGUAUCUUAUAUAAGAGUCCUAAAGUAUUUGUGUUGGACUCUCUCUAGAGUAUCUAUCUAGAAACAUUAAGCCAAGCUGGAUAGAUCUCUGUAAAAGAAAU